UCCUGAUUGGCUUGCCUUGGAGGCGGGUUCAGGACUUAUUUGAGACUAGGACCACUUCCUGAAGCUCCAGACAGGAAGUUAUCAGAUGUCUAUGGUGGCCGGUGGAGAAGGUGCUGUCGGCUUUUUUGGUGACGGCGAGAGAGGACCGUGGGUCGGCUGGACUGGCCGUUUGACCUCGCUGCAGCUAGGAGCCUGUUUCCAUAGCAGCACCACGGCCCCGUCCUCCAGCCUAGACCCCGGCGUGGCUGCCCGGGGGAUUUCUUCAGGCUCCUUGACGCCGCUCCAAGGGGCACCUACCUGGGUUUUGCCUGGGCCUGCAGCCAGCGGACUGGCUCCCGGCUUCAGCUCUGCGGGCCACAGUAAGAAGUGCCCUUAUCAACCCGCGCCCUGCCCCCCUUUCUGAGCCAUAGAGACCCCGGUCCAGAGCGACAGCCUUGGACCUGGGACUAGACGGAUCCAAGACGCUCAGCCCCGGCCCCCCUCAAACGGGGCUCUGCAUCGUCUCUGAUAUGUCACCCACCGUCUCCCACAAGGACAGCAGUCGUCAACGACGGCCAGGGACUUUCAACCACUCUCUAGAUUUGAAGAGUGGUCCUCUGCCGCCGGGCUCCUGGGAUGAUAAUCUUCCGGAGGUGGUGGGCGGGGAAGGGGACAAAGAAGCUCUUCUUCGGGAUAUCAGCACUGGUGAUUUCUCAAAACCCCCACGGAGCUGCCGGGCGGAAUUGAGCAGUAUUUUGCUGUUGCUCUUUCUUUACGUACUUCAGGGCAUUCCACUGGGCUUGGCGGGAAGCAUCCCACUCAUUUUGCAGAGCAAAAAUGUUAGCUAUACAGAUCAAGCGUUCUUCAGUUUUGUCUUUUGGCCUUUCAGUCUCAAAUUGCUCUGGGCCCCGUUGGUUGAUGCAGUUUACUUUAAGAACUUUGGUCGUCGUAAAUCUUGGCUUGUCCCAACACAGUAUAUAUUGGGAUUCUUCAUGAUAUAUCUGUCUACUCAAGUGGACCAUUUGCUCGGAAAUACAGAUGGCCGAACCCCCGACGUGGUUGCUCUCACUGUGACUUUCUUUUUGUUUGAAUUCCUGGCAGCCACCCAGGACAUCGCUGUGGAUGGUUGGGCGUUAACUAUGUUAUCCCGGGAAAACGUGGGUUAUGCUUCUACUUGUAAUUCAGUGGGCCAAACAGCCGGCUACUUUUUGGGCAAUGUUUUGUUUUUGGCCCUUGAAUCUUCCGACUUUUGUAACAAAUACUUGCGGUUUGAGCCUCAACCCAGGGGAAUCGUCACUCUUUCAGAUUUCCUUUUCUUCUGGGGAACUGUAUUUUUGAUAACAACAACUUUAGUUGCCUUUCUGAAAAAAGAAAACAAAGAAGUAUCAGUAGGAAAAGAAGAAACUCAAGGGAUCACAGAUACUUACAAGCUGCUUUUUGCAAUUGUAAAAAUGCCCGCAGUUCUGACAUUUUGCCUUCUGAUUCUAACUGCAAAGAUUGGUUUUUCAGCAGCAGAUGCAGUAACAGGACUGAAAUUGGUAGAAGAGGGAGUACCCAAAGAACAUUUAGCCUUACUGGCAGUUCCAAUGGUUCCUUUGCAAAUAAUAUUGCCUCUGAUUAUCAGCAGAUACACUGCAGGUCCCCAGCCACUAAACAUAUUUUACAAAGCCAUGCCCUACAGAUUAUUGUUUGGAUUAGAAUAUGCUCUACUGGUCUGGUGGACUCCUAAAGUAGAACAUCAAGGGGGAUUCCCUAUAUAUUACUAUAUUGUAGUGCUGCUGAGUUAUGCGUUACAUCAGGUUACAUUGUACAGCAUGUAUGUUUCCAUAAUGGCUUUUAAUGCGAAGGUUAGUGAUCCACUUAUUGGCGGAACAUAUAUGACCCUUUUAAAUACUGUGUCCAACCUGGGAGGAAACUGGCCUUCUACGGUAGCUCUUUGGCUGGUAGAUCCCCUCACAGUAAAAGAGUGUGUAGGAGCAUCAAACCAGAAUUGCCGAACACCUGAAGCUGUUGAGCUUUGCAAAAAACUCGGUGGCUCGUGUGUUACUGCACUGGAUGGUUAUUAUGUGGAAUCUGUUAUUUGUGUUUUGAUUGGAUUUGGUUGGUGGUUCUUUCUUGGUCCAAAACUUAAAAAAUUACAGGAUGAAGGACCAUCUUCAUGGAAAUGCAAAAGAGACAAGUAAUGCAUUCACAACUGGACAUUCUAGGAAGGUAACUCUAAUUUAGUUUUAACUCAGAGAGUUAUGAUAAUCAGUGUACAGGAGUAUAAAAUAUUAUUCUAAACAGGAAAUUAUUAAUAUAAAAUGCCAAAUGGUUAAAAAUAUAGAAACCUCUCUGUAUAUUUAAAUAUACUUUUUCCUUACCUUGUCAAUGUAUUUAAAGUUUACUUAAGUUCAGGGAAUUGGUACUAAAAUAACUUUUCUGGUCUUGUUAUUUGAUUUAUAGAUCUUUUUAAUUUACUGACCAAAGCAUGUUUUAAGCUGCAGUGCAGUAGUCAUGGGUGAUAACCAUGCAGUCAAGUAUUGUUAUCGUACCUAUCAUUGAGCUAUGUUAAAAUUUUUGGUAAAAUAUGAUAAGUGGAACAUAGCUUGAUAUUCCUGUACUAUCCACAACUAGUCUGGCCUUGUCAGUUAAAUCUUAUUUUGAAUUGCAAAUUGGUAAAAUUUUAUGUGGAAUUUGCUGAGAUGAGAAUGUAAACUACUGAAAUACCAUUUUAGUUGUUAUUUUCUGACUGUAACCACAUUGUGCUAAUGAAUCUGUGUUAAAGACUUUUAAAUGUAUUUCCUGCUUUUGUAAACAUUAAAGAUUUAUAAGAAGAUUAUUCAAACUAUUUUUUAUAAAAUGAAAGCUAUGACUUCUAAUUUAUUGAUUCCCCUUCUCCUCCCCCUUUUUGGAAGCUACCUUGAUUCCUUUUUAACUCUCCUCCUAAAGCAUACAUAUGUUUUUUGUCAUAAGUACUUGAUGGCACAUGGACAGCUCACAAGGGCAUCGAAUUUAAUGUUGUAUGUAUGUUUGUGGCAAAGUUUUGAAAAUAAAAAUUAAAUGUUUUUCUUCAA